AUGGCACCUGCCCCCAUCGACCCUCGCAUUGUAGACGUGGCGCCGCCGCGGAAGGACACCCUCGGUCUACCAGCGCCUGCAAGGCAGCGGUUGGAGAAAUCGGGUGUUGAUCUCAGUGCUGGAUAUCCCUAUCGGCCAUCACGUCCUCUCUAUUUGGAUGACGUUUACAAUGUGCGAAACUAUUACCGCGAGCACGUAGACCCUGGAAGUCGCGCCGAUCCUGGAAAGAAGGCGCUCCUGUCCGCAGCUAAGGAAGUGAUUCCUCUCACGAGACAUAUUGGUACCGAGAUCGUCGGGCUGCAGUUGAAAGAUCUGACCGACCAGCAGAAGGACGAGCUGGCCCUGCUAAUCGCCGAACGAAGCGUCGUUUUCUUCCGUGACCAAGACAUCUCUCCCCAGCAGCAAAAAGACCUGGGCGAAUAUUUUGGGGAAGUUGAAAUCCAUCCACAAGUGCCUCAAGUCCCCGGCAUCCCCGGCGUGUCCGUGAUGUGGCCCGCACUGCAAGCCACCGAGACACCAGCCAGCUUCCGUCGACCAGGUGGCGCAUCUCGAUGGCACAGCGACUUGGUUCAUGAGAGGCAGCCGGCAGGGUUAACACAUCUUCACAAUGAUACCGUCCCAACUGUGGGAGGAGAUACACUCUGGGCAAGCGGAUACGCUGCAUAUGAGAAACUCUCCCCCGAGUUUCGCAAGUUCAUCGACGGCAAGACCGCCAUCUAUCUAUCUUCUCACCCGUAUCUUGAGCGCAAUAACCCUGUGGCCGGGCCGAAGUACGUGGAGCGUGAGCACCCUCUAGUCCGUGUUCAUCCCGCAACGGGAUGGAAGGCGCUGUGGGUCAAUAGGGCGAUGACCGAGCGAAUUAUCGGACUUGACAAGGCUGAGAGUGAUGUUGUUUUACAAUACUUGCAUGACGUCUAUGAGAAGAAUCCGGAUAUUCAAGUUCGUUUCAAAUGGAGUCCGCGCACAAGCGCCCUCUGGGAUAAUCGAAUCACCAUCCACAACGCCAGUUGGGACUAUGAAGGCUCACAGCCUCGACAUGGUACUCGGGUGACCUCUUUGGCGGAGAAGCCUUUUUUUAGUAGCAGUGCCCCCACUCGGAGAGAGGCACUAGGACUGCUGGGGCCUGAGGAGAUUGAGGAGUUAUCGAGCAUCAAGAUAUUGGAGCUGCAAUGA